AUGUGUCUCCCUUGUGCCCCUACACAUAGUAAUGAGCCUGGUUGCCCAGGAGACACCUGUCUCUAUUGUCAUCAUCCUUCGCAUGCAGAUAAGAAUAAUAAGGAGAGACACUUUUCUUAUGUGCUGCAUGCACGGGGUGUAUGCAGACCUUGUUCCUUAUUCUUAUUAAAUGCAUGCCCUAAGGAUAAUUUAUCUUGUACUUUUUGUCAUCAUGAUGAUCAUAGGACACAUCCUGCUGCUGCUGCUGCUGUUGGUCCUGCUGCUGUUGCUGCUGCUGUUGCGGCGGGAGCUGUCGGUGCAGCGGGGGCUGCAGCUGCUGCAGCGGCGGCAGCAGGUGUUCAACCAGCAGCAGCAGCAGGAGCUGCUGCUGCUGCAGGGAAUCCAGCUGCUGUUGUUCCAGCACCAGGAGUACCACCUAAUCCUGCUGCUGCUGUUGCUGCUGCACCACUUAUACCGGGGGGGCCCCUUCUUGCACCACCGCCACCAGCAGCAGCAGCACUUGCAAGGCCAAGGGUUUUAUUGCCACCACCAGGACCUAAUCCUGCUGCUGCUGCUGCUGCUGCAGCAGCAGCAGGUGCACCAGGAGCAGCAGCUGGACCGCCGGUUCUUGGAUACCCAUCACCUUUCUUCCCCGUCGCUCCCUUCGUGGGGGCCCCUAGGGGGCCCCCUCCUCUUAUACUUGCUGGGCCUACGAGACCCUCACCCUUACCGCUUAAUAAUCCUGCAGCAGCAGCAGCAGCAGCAGCUGGUGCUGCACCUGCAUCCGAGCCUCUUAUUCUUACUCCUCCUGCUGCAGCACUUGCGGAUUCUACUCAUACGCCAACUGCUGCUGCUGCAGCAGCAGGAGCAGCAGCAGCAGCACCUUCUGGUGCAGCAGCAGAUGCUGCUGCUCCUUCCUCACCUACUGGAUCAAAGCCUCCACCUCCUCAACCGCCUACUGAUGGAAAUGCUGCUGCUGCUGCUGCUGCUGACAGCAGCGAGCAGCAAGAUGCAGCAGCAGGAAAUGCUGCUGCUGCUGCAGCAGAAGCAACCGAAGCAGCAGCCAAAGAUGGGGAUCAAUCGCAAGCAAAUAGCAGCAGCAGCAGCAGCAGCACCACUACUACCGGACAAACAGAUGGUGCUGCUGCUGCUGCAGGGGAUCAACCUGCUGCAGCUGCUCCUGCUCCUGCUGCUGCUGCUGCUGCAGAUAGCAGCUCCGCAGCAGAGGAAGCUCCUCCUCCUCCCGAUAGUAUUGAAGCUGCAGCAGCAGCAUAUGCUGCAGCACAGCAGAAGAAGAUGCAACUGCAGCAGCAGCAAGGUGGUGCCAUGGCAGCAGGUGCGUCUCCUGUUGCUGCAGCAGCAGCAGGAGGGACACCAUGGGUAGGGGGGCCCCCUCAAGGGGGUACUAAUAUGUGGGGCUCUGCCCCUGUAGGUUUUAUGAUGGGUGGUACCCAUCAAUUCUAUCCAGUAGGAGGAAUGCCACAUGGAGGUAUGGGGGCCCCCAUGGGGGCCCCUAUGGGGGCGCCAAUGGGGCCCCCCAUGGGUCACCCUGGGGCCCCCAUGAUAAUGCAGAGUGGAGGAGGUAUGCUCCAACCUGCAGGAGGAUUCUUCAUGGGGGGCCCCCAUUACCCUGGUGCAUUCCCGGGGGCCCCCAUGAAUAAUAUGGAGGGGCCCCCCCAUCAUCCUUAUUAUAUGGGGGGAGGGGCAGUACCCCCUAUGGCUCACCCUCCUGGAAGCGAGCAGCAGCAGCAGCAGCAGCAGCAGCAGCAGCAGCAGCAGCAGCAGCAUGAUGGACAAGAUGGAGCAGCUAAACAUCCGCCACCUCCAUUAGGAGGUGUUACUGUAUUACCUCUAGGAAUGCAGCAGCAGCAACAGCAGCAGCAGCAGCAACAGCAGCAGCUGCUGCAGCUGCCUCCUCCUCCUCAUCCCCCACACCCUCAGCACCCUCUGCCUCCGCAGCCACCGCAACCACCGCAGCCACCGCAGCCACCGCAGCAGCACCAUCUACAUAUGCAGCAGCUGUCUCCUAUGCAGCAGCAUCAGCAGCAGCAGCAAGGAGCUAUGCGUGCUGCACUAGGGUCCCCGUCGCACAUGGGGGGCCCCCAGAUAUUGAGGCCCCCGAGGCCCCCCCCUCCCUCUGUGCCUCAUGAUGUACAGGGCAACCUGCAGCAGCAGAUUGCUAUGGCAAGAGAUGCAGCAGCAGCAAUUAGCAGCGGCAGCAGCAGCAGCAGCAGCAGCAGCACUGGUUGGGGUGCAGCAGGUACGAAUAGUGUACCACCACCACCACCACCUGGUCCUCCACCAACACAAGGCAGCAGCAGCAGCAGCAGCAGCAGCAGCAGCAGCAGCACAACUGGUGUUGUUGCUCGUCUGCAGCAGCAGGAUGCACAGACAGCAGCAGGAGCACCAGGUGCUGCUGCUGCUGGUGGUGGUGCUGCUGCUGGUCAAGGAGGACGACCGUCUAUGUCACCUGCUGCUGCUGCAGCUGCUGCUGCUGCAGCAGCACUUGCUGCUGCAGCACUCGCUGCACGCAGAAAAGGUGAUGCAGCAGCAGAAGCUGCUAGACAGCAAGCAGCAGCAGCAGCAGCACAGGUCGAGGCAUCCGUCUUAAGUCAGCAGCAGCAGCAGCAGCAGCAGCCGCACCAACCACGAUUGCCAGCAAGCGUCAUAGCAGCAGCAGAAGCAGCAAAGGCAGCAGCAGCAAAGAUAUCUGCUGCUAUGGCUGGCAGUCUUAAGCCAUAA